AUGCAACUUGUGCGCGCUGGUGUACUUGGGCUUUCGCGGCCCUGGUGUCUCAACUUUGCUGCUUGGCUUAUCAACACACUUGUAUUCGGAGUUGAGAACCGUAGUGAGCACCUGGCUCUCAGAUUAGGGGAUUUCCGAAUCGUCACCCAUCUACCUCAUACUGCUGCUACUCAGGCCAAUGUUCAUGGACCUGCUGGAGAUGCCGGCUUGGCUCGCGAAUAUGUACACUUCACAAACCGUGCCACAGGUUCAGAAUUUUAUCUUGCUGGGUCGGCGACGUUGACCGCAACUACUGAGCGACAGCAUGGCGUUCGUGGUAGACGAGACAGAGAAGUGAGACGCUUGAGAGGAGGGAAGUCACCAGGAAUAUCAAUGGUUGAAAGUGAAUUGAAUCUGCCAUGUCCUGUUGCCGUUUUCAAGGAGUUACGUUCCCGCCGACCGGGAAGCUGUAUGGAGCCUUUCUCUAAACUUUAUCUCCAGGUAUUACUAUGUAUUGACUAG